GAGAGGGAGAGGGAUAGAGAUAGAGAGUUAGAGAGAGAGAGAGCGAGAGAGCGAGUGUGGCCGGAACAUGGCGCUGCACGCUGGUGUGUGAGCGGCGCCAGUGUCCCCGCAGCUCACUGGCCCCUCUCAGUUAUUCAGGAGUCACAUACAUUACUCCAAACCUCCUCUUCGUAGUGCAGUGCCUACAGUGCCUACAGUAACCGUAUCCAUGAUAGCGUGAAGCCCCAGGCCACUCCUCGACCCUGGACAUGAGAGAGCGUAAGCCACAGUGACACGCCAGAGGUCUCGAUCGCCCUCCGUCUGUACGCCUCUCAACAUGUCCACCACCAGAGUGGGGACGUGCGGUCAGUGGUGGAGCUGAGAGAGUAAGCCCGAGGGACGGCCCGCCCGCUGCCCGGACGUGACGCCCACACCCUGCACAUGACACACCUCACACCCGCCCACACCCAUGGACACCACCACCACCAUCACCACCACCUCCACCACCACAGUCCCCGCCAGCUGCUCCAGCAGCAGCCGCACCGGCAGCCGCGGCCGCCCCGCGCCCGACACAAUCGACCCUGGCAAACGCGGUCUGUCGGACGCGGGGCGACACAGGCUGUCCAGCUUCCCGUCCCGGCAGCGGAGGAUGGGGCCCGCGCUCGCCUCCUUCGAGGACCUCAGUAUGGACAAAACCACAUCAGACUCCAGCCCCGAGGAACGGACUCAGCUCCCGGAGAUAGGAGAGGAGACAUCUGGCGCCACCACGCCUGUGACGCCCGUGGCAACGUCAGCUCUCAGUGUCCCCGCAUCUCCCAAAAUCCGAGUUUCAGCUGCGUCCUCGUCUUCACCGCAUGAAACAGACUCUAAAGACUCCACCCCAGAAAAGGAGUUGUUUUCCGGCUAUGCAAAAUCUGAUUUCUGUGAGAACAUGGCCGCAGAUCUUCAUUCUAGUACUGAGGAGCUGGACGCCGACGAUGAGGACCAGAAGCGACGCCGCAGGGAACGAGCUACCAAGCUCGCCGAGCUGGAGCGUCGUGAAGAGGCUCUUCGCAUCGCCGAGUUAAACCGCAAAGGCUCCUCCUCUUCGGUCAUCAGUGAUGGUCUCUUGCCCGUCACCAGCGGCCACUCCAGCAGACUCUCGUCUUUGGGAAGCAUUGGGUCGGCGCGGCGAUCACCUUCCCCCCACAGGAUAAGACUUGAGACAUCAUUCUGUGGCAGUCGUCCCAUUCAGCAGCCUAGUAUAGACCUGGAAGACCCGCCUGUCAGUACUACAAAAAUAAUGGACUUCACUAUUGAGUCUAUUGAAAGAGUAAAAUCACCGAUGGAAGCGCGGCCGCCAGAUAUAUUCCGCUCCUCUCCUUCCAGCUUUCCAAAGACCAAGCAAGAGGAGGUGGUAGUGGCGGCGGCAGCAGUUGCAGUCACUACCAGAGCAGGAGUGACAUCUUAUUCAGCUCCCACCUCCAGGGACAAAACGCCUGUUAAAACGGAGGCAGCAAACAGAGCUUCGCGUUCACGAGAACAACAUAUCACUCCCACUGCCAUGAACAGAACCUCUAGAGAGCAACAAUCAACACACCCUGCCAGGUCUCCACUGAGAGAUGGUCAUGAACAUGAACAGCAGCAACGUCAGCCUCUUUCAUCUCAGUCGUCGCCAAGAUCACCGAGAAUGCCCAAAAAAGUUCCUGUGCCGCAAGUUCCAGAAUUGAAAGAUCUGCCAAAGUCCUCCCCGUCGCCUUCCACGACCUCCGGUGCUACACCAGAACACCACAAUGCCCGCGCCUCUACCACACCAUCAGCUUCACCCAGACAAUCACGGAGACGUAGGACAAGGGACGAAGUGGAGAGUGGCUCGUCUUCACCUUCAGUCUCACGGAAAAGUUCUUUCACAAAUCUGUUCCGAAAGUCUGACGGCUCGGCUUUGAGUCCCGUUACUCCAGACUCUCCUAGCUCUAGUGGCCGUAGGAGUCCCUUUAGUCAGUUCAUUAAGUCAGCUAAAAAAGAGUUCCGUUCAAGGAGUCGAUCCCGCAGCCGCAGUAAAAGCCGGGAGAGAGAACUGGAGGAUGAUACGCAUGACAGAAGGAGUGUUCUUUCUAUCUUCCGACCAAAGACAAAGAAAAAAUCAGAGUCAGAUAAAGGAAAGGUAACCAGUGACACUCGCACCACAUCCACAGACAGCAGUAAGAUGAAUGAGGCAAUCACCAACGUGGAGUUUACUUUCAAUGAUGACGGCAAAUAUCAAUCCUCCUCCUAUGGGUUGAUUAGGCAAGAAAGCGAGGUGAACAGAGCCAUAAAAGAGCCCUUGGUGGCAGCGCCAACUUUGCCAUCAGAGGCAGAGGCGCCACGCUCGUCGGAAACCUUUGCCAGCUCCCGCGACAGUUCAUACAAUGAGCUUUCAUCUAUAAUGAACGCUGGAGAUAAACACAGCAGCACUUCAGUUGAUGGAGUGAGUAAGGACACAGAGAAAGGACCGGAAAUGGAAGAUGAUGAGGUAUUCGACAAGCCAAAUGAACCUCCUGUGCCCACAGUCGUGAGUCAGGAACCCUCACCUAAACCUGCUGAGCCAACUGCACCACCCACUAACGAAAUAAAGGAAAAUAAGAUACAGGCUCCAGAACAAGAAAAACCCAAUUUACCACCAAAGCAGAAAGAUCGUCCUAUUGACACAGAGGCAACGACGGAGAUGAUGACGCUGGAUCCUGGUGGAGACGCAGAUUCGCGAUCUGAAUCUGAGCGUGAGUCUGAGAUCGAAUACCUAAAGAGGAAGGAGAAACUGAAGCAGGGAGCAGAUCAGCCUCUGGAUUCACCGGAUGUAGAGAACAAGGUACUGGUCUCACAGGACUCCCUUGAGGACGGCGAACUACCCUAUGUGCCUACCACGCUGCCUGUUGAACGCCCUCUGGCGGUGCCCAUGCUGCCCGUCAGGGAGAGAACCAUCGUCGUCAAGCUUCAGUCUAUGCAGUCCAUCGAUCGUCCUCGUAGCACCACGCCUCUCAUACCGGUUCGUUUAGAGGACUAUACGCAGCAGCAGCAGCAGCAACAACAACAGCAAGUGGCAGGUACGCCUGAUUCUGAGGCAGAGAGGAUGAUGAUCAGUAUUCCACAAAAGGGUCCAGUGAAGGUGCUGCCAACACGAAGUCCUAAGCGUCAGACCUCAAAAACCUGGGAUGACUUUUGCCAAGAAGGUCUUAGAAGUCCAAGAACGUUGAGAAAACAGUUCAAAGAGAGUACUUUGAAGUCAGAAGAUGACACGCCACCACCACUACCACCAAAAGUUCGUUCUCCUGCCCGUUCUCCAGUGACCCACAGAGACUCUGCUGUAGGCUCCGGGAUAACUACACCCUCUUCCGUCACUUCGACCACAGGAGAACCUAUUAAGAGCUGGAUAAACUUUGAUGAGAUGCCUGACAUUGUGCUGAAGCCGGUGCGUCAUAUCAAAACAGUUCCCACUCGACACCAGGUACAGCAGCGUCAAGUGAUGGAGGCGAGAUCUCAGGAACAACGUGACCAGCCAGCAGAUACAAGAACAGAAAAUGAACCACGCAAACUGCCACCACCGCUUCCGAAGCCACUGAAUCUUCAGGACUUUGAUUCUGACAACGGACAGGUACUUUCAGAGGCAUCUACUCCGGAUAAGGCUGACAGUUCUGACAGGUCGUCUGACAGCGACAAACCGACUAGUCCCUCGUCGAGUGAAGAUCUCACCACCGUCAGAGAAAGGCUUGAGGAGAUCAAGAAAGAAGGCAAUGAAUAUGAAAAUUCAGAUCUGGAGCGACUUUUAGCGCCAGUAAAUGACUGCAUCAACAGGCUCUCGUCUUUGUCGGCGGAACCUCCAUCAAUGGAACGCAGAUCACCCAUCCCUGAUAACUGGGCGGACUUCCUCCUGCCGCCUCAGCCUGGAAGGAGAAGUCGCCUGUCGUCGUUAGGGUCUGACGCAGGCUCGGUGGGGAGAAGAUCACCAUCACCAUCGUGUAUGUUCGUUGAGACAUCCUUCUGUGGCUCGCAUCCAAUUGAUGACCCUGCCGCCGCCGAGCCUGACGUGCCCAUCGCGGUGGCAAGAAAGUUGAGCGGCAUCUCCCUGGGUGAUCUGAGUCCCUUUGGAGGGAGCGGGCGGCGAGACUCCUCCAACCUGCUCACCUGUCCUGACAGGACCUCUAUCCUUAGUGACUCAUCAGCGGAAGGAGGCGGCUCACCACGGGAGGUGGAGUAUUACGGCGGCAGCGGUAGACUACAGCAACAACAACCGCAACAAUACCCAUCAAUGCAGCAACAGGAGGCCUCUCGAGGGCAACAUGGAGUAAGUCAGCUAAACCCCUUCGACGUGGACCUGGGCGUCAGGAGCAACAGGAGUUCUGUGGUGUCUCAAGACCAGACUCCCCCUGAUAGCCCCAGCUGCUCGCCGCUCCGGCCCUCCUAAGCCAGGUCUUCAAGUAGCUGUAGUCAUGUAUCUAUGCAUUUAUAUGGAGUCUAUUUUGCAUUUUCAUAUUCUAGUGAGAAGAUACAAAAUACAAUGUCUUGAAUGAGAGGUUUCCGGAACUGGAACCGAACAAAACUUUAUUAUUCUAGUUUGUUGAAUAGCCUCUCAUUAAAAAAAACUCUCUUACGCUCUCACUCACUUUCAUUCCCUCUUGUACAUUACUCUGCAUCGCGGACCUCAUGUGAUCGACGUUGUUGUUGUUGUUUUCAUUGUCUAUAAUUCAUUGUUGAUCUUUACAAGACAACACUUUUGCCUUUGACAAAAACUGUAAUUUUUGACUCGCUCGUGUUUUGACCUACUUUUUAAAGAUGAUUAAAAGUCGGUUCAUCUAUUGCAAUAGUUAUAAGUGAGCUGAGAGCAUCAAAUUGUAUCAAGUGUCAAGGCCUGUGUGGAGUGUCAAGACUAAAGUGUGAAGGAAAGGCCAAGGUGCUCACUCGGCACUCGGAACAGUGAUAACAGGAGAAUGACGCCGAGAAGAAAAAGAGAAGAAAAUACCAGGGGGAUGAAAAAAUGAUAAAAACCUGAGAAGAACCAGUGCCCCUGGAGAGGAAGCCGGAACUAUUACCACCACGGAGACGAGUGUGAGGGCCAGAAGGUCAUCCGGGAGGGAAGAGGAACGGAGAACUGUGGACUGUGCAGGCAAGGAAGGAAGGAA